GUUUUCUCAAUAUUUUUCUAUCUAUUUUACUAAACCAAAUGAGUCCACACCUAAAACAAAUGAAAUUAAUAAAUUAUUACUCCAUAUAUAUAUAUUUUUUCAAGUGAAAUGAAUUACUCCAAUUAACAACCAAAUAAAUAUUGAAAUCCUUACUAAAAUAUAUAGCGAGUUCUAGUAUUUACCACAAAAAAAAAUUUACUUGUCUUUAUUUUUCCUUUCAGAGCGAGUAUCUUUCUUUUAAUUUUGGUGAAUUCUUUGCAGAGUCUAUGUAAUAGUGGUUUGCCCACUUUUUACUAAAUUUUCGUUUUAGUUUUUAUUUUUUGGCGACCAACCAAUACUUAUAUAUACCUUCAUGUGACAACAAUUGAGAUUUGGCAGGACACACAUGGAUGCUCAGAGUCAUAUACGGACAUAUAUAACAAAUACCAGAGGCUCUUAACACUGACCCAGUUGUUAUAACUGAAUAAACUGUCAAUCAUCAUUGUUCACUGACCUGUUCAAGCAAGAGAUCGGACUUGUCUUGCAGAACUGAAUUGCAAUGCUCAUCCCAGAACUUGGUGAUGCAUAACACCUGUUUGUGGUUAUGCAGCUUUUGGGUUUAUAUAAUUUUGAAUUUGAGGUGAAGUUAUAGAAGAGAAUGAGAGUGGAUGGUGACUUGGCUUCUUAAUCUGUAAGGAAAAUGCGGUUUGUGGGCUGGCCAACUGUUUGCCAGAGGAACCUACUAAAAUGCACCAUACCACAAAGCAUAGGCCUAGUUGGGGUCAAUAUAGGGAGAGGGAUCAAAAGACUGCUGAGUCGUUCAGUUUCUUCUACCCUUGAAGCAGUUGGCAAUGACAGUGAUAGGGAUAUUGGCAAAAUGACACUGGCAAAAGAAUUAGCCUGUUUAGUUGAGGAAACUUCUGACCAUGGCAAGAAGAGACCCAAAACACGCAUGGAGCUUAAGAGGUUACUUGAGCUCCGUGUAAAGAAGAGGGUGAAGGAACAAUAUACAAAUGGGAAGUUUCAAGACCUUAUGACAAAAGUUGUUGCCAAUCCAAAAACUCUUCGGGAUGCUUAUGAUUCUAUUAGAGUCAACUCAAAUGUCGACUUAGCACUGGAUGGUGACAACAUCCCGUUUGAAUCUAUAGCAGAAGAGCUCUUUUGUGGGAAUUUUGAUAUAAGUGCCAAUAUAUUCUCCAUCUCAACAAGGGGUGCAAAGAAGGAAGUCCUUAUCCUUCCAAAUCUGAAGUUGAAGGUUGUUCAAGAAGCCAUUAGAAUAGUUUUGGAAGUUGUUUUCAAGCCCCACUUUUCUAAGAUUUCGCAUGGUUGUCGAAGUGGGAGGGGUCACUCCUCGGCAUUGAAAUACAUCUGCAAAGAAAUCUCUAAUCCCGAUUGGUGGUUCACAUUGCUUGUUAACAAAAAGCUUGAUGCUGCUAUCCUUGCCAAACUCAUCUCAGCUAUGGAGAAUAAGAUAGAAGACCCCAACUUAUACAGCACCCUCCAGAGCAUGUUUGAUGCACAGGUGCUCAAUCUGGAGUUUGGGGGCUUCCCCAAAGGCCAUGGUCUUCCACAAGAGGGAGUGUUGUCCCCAAUUUUAAUAAAUAUAUAUCUUGAUCUCCUUGACUGUGAAUUGUACAGUAUGUCGAUGAGAUAUGAAGCUUUGGAUAUGGGGCUUCAUUGUGAACAGGAUGGAUCCCACUCAAAGCUACGUAGCUGGUUUAGGAGGCAGAUGAAAGGCAAUAGUAUCCAAGACACUGGAGGGGAGAAGUCUCAUGUAAGAUUACACUCUUGUCGCUUCAUGGAUGAGAUAUAUUUUGCUAUUUCAGGUUCCAAAGAAGUAGCUCUUGCUUUCAAGUCUGAAAUCCAAAGUUACUUGCAGAAUUAUCUCCACUUGGAUGUUGAUAAUCAAACAGAAAUAUUGCCAUGUAAUGGUCCGCAUGGUGUUCGAUUUCUUGGCACUUUGGUUAGAAGAAGUGUGAGAGAAAGUCCGGCAGUAAGAGCUGUUCACAAGUUAAAGGAAAAAGUUAAGAUGUUUGCUUCACAGAAACAAGAGUAUUGGGACGCUGAAAAUGUCAGAAUAGGGAAGAAAUGGCUGGCUCAUGGAUUGAAGAAAGUUAAAGAAUCAGAGAUUAAGCAUUUAUCUGAUAGUAGCUCUCUUUUGAGUCAAAUUUCCAGAUUCCGUAAGUCUGGGAUGGAAACUGAUCACUGGUACAAAGUCUUGCUAAAGAUAUGGAUGCAAGACAUAAAUGUCAAAUUUGCAGACAGUGAGGAAUUUAUCUUAGCCAAGUAUAUUGCAGAACCAGCUCUUCCCCGAGAACUAAGAGACUCCUUUUAUGAAUUUCAGAAGCGUGCAGAGGAAUAUGUUUCUUCCGAGACAGCUUCAACUCUUGCUCUUUUGCCUACUUCCAUCUCUUCUGAAUCUGUCACCACCACGGAGAUUGUUGCUCCUGUAGACAUCAUAAAGAAGCAUCUCUUACGAUAUGGGCUGAUAAAUACCAAAGGAUUCGGCCGUACAUCUCAUGUGCUUAUUUUACAAGAUAACAUUCAAAUUAUUGACUGGUUUUCAGGUUUAGUUUCUCGAUGGCUUAGAUGGUACAGUGAAUGCAGCAAUUUUGGUGAGAUAAAGCUAAUGAUUUCAGAUCAAAUAAGGAAGUCUUGUAUCUGCACACUGGCAGCCAAGUACCGAAUGCCUGAAACUGAGAUAGAGAAUCGUUUUGAUUCAGAAUUGAGCAGAAUACCCUCGACCCAAGAGAUAGAACUUGAGAUGGCAAGUGAGACAUUAGAUUCAAAAGAUUUCAAUUUUAGUGAGUCAUUAAUGUACGGAAUUUCUUACAGUGGUUUGUGUUUACUAUCCUUAGCAAGAAUGGUGAGCCAGUCAAGGCCUUGCAACUGUUUUGUUAUGGGGUGUAUGGCUACGGCUCCAUGUGUAUACACCCUUCAUGUGAUGGAGAGACAGAGAUUCCCCGGUUGGAAGACAGGGUUUCCAAGUUGCAUUCAUCCGAGUUUGAAUAAAAGACGAAUCGGGUUGUGUAAACAGCAUCUAAAGGAUUUGUAUCUUGGCCAUAUAUCUCUCCAAUCUAUUGAUUUUGGUGCUUGGAAAUGACACUAUCCAAGAAGUUAAGAAGAGCAAUGCUUAAGCAGCAAAAGGCCCUCCCUAUUGACAACUCAAUGACGGAACAAUUUCACAGUUCAGUGUGAAGAAACUCUCUAGUGGGCUUCUGGUGAAGAACUUUAAUGGGUCUUUGACCUUUGUAGACCUAGAGUUUAUUUUUCACACCAUUGUUGAAGAGACUGCAAUUAUUUUCAUUAAAUUCUGCACAGAAAGUAAGGUAGGUAGGACAUGCUGAGAGAGAAGUUUCUUGCCCGUUUACCUGAACCCCAGGGCAGAAAAUCCAACGACAUUCUUGCAAUUUAAUGCUGCCAUCUGAUCAUCAACAAUUUCCAACGGCAGACAACAACAUUUUAUUAAUUAUUGGUGAGAAGGGUUGCUUCAGUUUCUUUGCCUCGUAUCUUUCAUAGUUUCAUGGAGAAGUUAUAUGUAUACUUUUUGUUGAAGCCUGUAUGAAAUACUCUAUAUUUUUGGUGGAGGAAUGAAGAAAAAGAAAAUUGUAAUAUAGCUUGUAUAUAUAUUGUUUGCAUUUCUCAUAUAUUUCUAUUACUCUGCAAUUUGACAAAUAACUGCAGGCUUUAGCUAGAUGACAGGGCCUUAUAGUGACAAUUCCAAAGAGCAGCUUAGAAGUCCAUUGAUGCAUUCAGCUUAAGCCCAUACACCUGUGCUGUCAAAAGUGAAGUCCAUAGAUAAUCCUCUCACUCAAAGGUCCAUUAGAGAAUAUUCAAAAUCCUUGGAGGCUCUUAUCUUUGAUAGGCUUGGAUAUUCCCUUUUUUUUUUUUUUGGUCUUCAGGAUACCAACAGUUCUACUGUACAUUAACCUUUGUGCAUUGCACUAAUGGACAACAAUAUCUACAUAUUCUUUUGAAUGGAGUGUUGUGACGUUUCUGAUUUUUGCCAUUUUUUAUUUUUCCUGAAUUUCGUUGACACAGGGGUAUUUUGGUCUUUUCACAUUUUUCGUACGGGAUUCUAGUUGAGCACUUGCAUUUUGUGCAUUUCAAUUUACGUGAAUUAAGUGGUAUUUUAUGUGUUGCAUUAUAUGUGUGUAGUGUAGAAAUUGAAGUAAAAGAAAAAGGGAAAAGAAAAUCAAAGUGGUGAGACCCAUCACUAUAUCAAAAGUGGUCUAGAGACCACAUUUCCAACCAUUCACUCUCUCUCCCUGCUGGUUCUCUCUCUCCCACUCUCUUGAUUGCUUUUUCUUUUUCUUUUCUCAAUCAAUCUUUGAGACUUGAUUACUUCUUCAUUUCUUACCCGAUUUGUGUGCCGUUUGAGGCAAAACGAAGCCCACGAGGAACUCUACACAUCCAUACCAGCAAUUCUAGAUUUGGUGCCCUCCUUGAUUUUCGAAUUCCUUGACCCAUUUCAAGGGUUUUGCUCAUUUU